AUGACAAACGAUCCUAAUCCCCCAACGUCUCCUCUCUCCCGGGCGCUGUUCAAGUUCUCACCGCAAUGGUUCCUCGUCCCCCAAGGCACCGGCAGCAUUGCGCUGAUCCUGUGGCAGCUGGACUAUCAGUUUGGGGCUCUACACAUCCUCUCCAAGAUCGUCUGGAUCUACACCAUUGUGGUCCUGGGUCUGGGUGUCAUCCUCUACCUCCUGCGCCUUAUUCGAUACCCCAAACACGUCGUCCAUGAGCUCCGCCACAACCUCAUCGAGACCUCCUGUCUCUCCAGCAUCGCCAUCACCUACACCAGCAUCAUCCAAUUGGCCGCGCUGCAAUACCGCGACUCCCACGGCGUCGGCAUCGCCGUCUACGUCCUCUGGUGGAUCGACGCGUUCCUCGGCGUCGUCGCCGUCAUCGCCAUCCCCUACGUCCAACUCCGCCUGCAGCCCUCCGGCAUCGAACACCUCCCCCCGGCCGUCCUCCUCCCGCUCAUCGCAGCCCUCACCUCCGCCGCCGGCGCCGGCACCCUCUGCGCCGCCGCCCCGAUCUCCGCGCGCCUUCAAGUCCCCGUCAUCAUCGUCGCAUACCUCCUGAUCGGCGCCGGCCUGGCGCUCGCCCUCGGCUACGACGCCAUCAUCCUCUUCCAGCACUUCGCAGACGCAUACCCCUGCGCCGAUAUGGUCUGGCAGGACAUGAUCAUCUGCGGGCCGUGGGGCCAGUCCGGCUUCGCGCUGCAGAUCCUCGGCGACGCGGUGCGGAAGACGUUUCCCGCGUACGGCCGCGGCACGCUGCUCACGCCGCAGGCGGCGGAGCCGAUCGCCGCGCUGAGCCAGUUCGCGGGCGUGCUGUCGUGGGGGUUUGGCACGUUCUGGUGGUGUUUUGCUCUCAUGAGUAUCGUGCAUACGCUGCUGGGGCGGCCCGGGGGGUGGAGAGCGACGCGGUUUCAUCUCGGGGUGUGGUCGUUGGUUUUUCCCUGGGGCGUGUAUACGAACUGUGCGGUGUAUCUGGGCAAGAUCAUGGACUCGCCUGCGUUCAAGGUGUGGUCGACAGCCCUCCUGAUCAUGUUGGUGAUUAUUGCGAUUGUGUUGACGCUGUUCACGCUCAAGGGGAUCAUCACGGGGAAGAUUCUGGGGUUGGAGAAUGGGUGGAGGGAGGAAGCGUAUCUGGAUAAAGAGGCGUGA